AUGUCAUGUCAACGCAUCGACAAGCUCGUUUCUUCCACGCUCCGGUUUCUUGACGACGUCGCAGGAAAAUGGGAGGCAAUUCUUCCCCAUGAUAAUCUACCGCCAAGUUUCGGCAACACACGGAAAUGGGUUGCUCUUGUACAGGAGAUUCUGGGGGUUAUCCAGGAUCAGCGGAAGGCGAAUAGCCUGGAUCCCGAUGACCCAGCAAUUCUCGAUGCUCUGGAAUCGACCAAAGGAGCUGCCAAAAGCUUGUUGGCCAUCUUUAGAGUUGUAGCGGAUACCUCUGAAACCGAGAGAGGAAAUUGCUAUGAGGAGUUUCUGCGAAAACCAAACGCCAGCGGGAUCGAGGUGGUCCUACUGCAGCUUUUGCAAGGGCCCCAGGAGCUUGUCAACGAAUGCAUCAUCGAAGCGACGGUCGACCAGGAUCAUCAACUGGCAGAAGCCAUCGAAGAGCUGACUUUGUCACAGCCACCUAUGCCAAUGAACCAGGCGGCAGCGGUGGCUCAUUAUGGAAAGGGGGAUCUAUUCAGCAAUCUAGCCAAUGGGCAUCAAAAUAUCAACAAGGGAACUGGAGCGCAAUACAUUGCUGAGCGGAUGAGCUGGGCUGGUCAAUCGAACCCAUGA